UAAUUGUGCUGGGACCUUCGGAAAUUCUAAUGAAGAAAGAGAGAGUGCAGGCCCUCACUUCCCCUUCCUGCACAGUGCAGGCCUGGGGUGGCACGGAGCUGGAGCAGUCCUCACUGCGGGGAGCCUGGAGCGAACAUGGAUCAAGAAACCGUGGGCAAUGUUGUCCUGCUGGCCAUCGUCACCCUCAUUAGCGUGAUCCAGAAUGGGUUCUUCGCCCACAAGGUGGAACACGAAAGCAAGACUCAGAAUGGGCGGAGCUUCCAGAGGACGGGAACACUUGCCUUUGAGCGGGUCUACACUGCCAACCAAAACUGUGUAGACGCGUAUCCCACUUUCCUUGUCAUGCUCUGGAGCGCCGGGCUACUCUGCAGCCAAGGAGGGAGGUUCGAGCGCAGGCUUUUUGUUGAAAAGACUUUGCCUGACCUCCAGCUCGGAUCCGGGAAGCUCCGGAGAGUUCCUGCCGCCUUUGCUGGGCUGAUGUACCUGUUCGUGAGGCAGAAGUACUUCGUGGGCUAUCUGGGAGAGAGAAGGCAGAGAUGCUGCUCACCUCUCCUGCAUCCACGGCCUUCAGUACUGUUCAGUCGUGGUGCUCUUUCCUGCCGAGACCAAAUGCAGCCUCACAAUACUUCGCACAGAGUUCUGCGCAGCUGUCCUCCAUAGAAAUGAUACCUGCUAGACGAAAUGGCCAAUCCUGAUCUAGACCAAGACAUGGCCCGGGGUAGAGGCGAGCCCAGGGGCUCUGCGGCUAGGUCCAGGGCAUUUUCAGCUCUGCCUUUGGAAACUACUUGCUAAUACCCUCUUCCGUUGUGAACUCCCCUCUUUUGCGUGUCCCCCCUUUGUCCCUGGGCUGUGUCACAGUUGGAUUCUGCCGACGCCUUGGUGCCCUAAUGCCCAGGGAUCUGCUUUAGUCCUUGGCCUCACCAACUGAGGAAGAUACUGCUCGGUGAGAUCUUCCCCAGGAAUUUCUCCCUUGGGCUCAAGAUCAUCUUUGCUCCUCCCCAGAAGUUGCUUUAGCCCUGUCCAUUCAGAAGUUCCCGGGUCAUUUUUGGUCCAGAGGGUAGGUAGCACAUCCCUUGAUGUAUCCCCCCUUCUGAAGCUGGAAAAUAGGUUAAUAAUACCUCUCAGAAUGGUUUUGAGAAUUAAAUGAAGUCACAGAUAUAAAACGCCUGGUCCCUACAGAUGCUUAAUAGUUUAAUUCUGACCUUCCCUAUCCUAUUUAGAGAGAACUAUGUUCAACUUUUGGAAACAAUAAGAGAGAAGUCUUGAUUCUCAAAGUCUAAUUAGGCCCUGUGUGCACUGUCCAGGUCCCUCGCUCUUCCCUCUGGGCUCUCCCUCCUUUCAGGUUCUCUGUGGCUUUGCCUGAGCCUGGGGCAGGGCCUGUAUCCGUGCCCACCGUGCCCACCUCCCAGGGCCAUAGCCCAUCUCCAAGCUCAAGAGACUUACAGAUGCAUCUAAUGAAGUGCCCAGGCUGGGGCCCCCGUGCACACUUAGCCCUGCACGUGUGCUGAGUGACAGGCAUGUGCUGAGUUCUUGCCUCCCACGCCCUUUGCACCACCUGGAAAGAGCUAAAGCACCGUAGACCCAUCUCCUUUUGGGGCGACGUGCCUUGAGUCCUUUGGAAAAUCCUGCCCAAAUUCAAGAAUACCACUGUUUCCUCAGUAGGCACUGCCAUUUCAUUCUUCACUGCAGAUUUAUCUUGAGCACGUUCUGAAACACUUCACAGAUCGCUUUUUCUUGUUUCUGUAAUGAGCAUAUGGUGACCUCAUUCAUGUGAUAAAUCUGAGCCACCACAAUAUUUGACUUUUCACAAUUUAAUUUCUCUGAACCUUCUAUUCUCUGACUGAAAAAUAGACUCCUUUCUUUUCACUUCCUUACCAGCAUUAGCAGGUAACUCUCUGUAUGAGUCUGUAGGGCCACCAUAACAAAGUGCCACACGCUGGUGGGCUUAAACAACAGACAUUUAUUGUCUCAGUUCUGGAGGCUGGAAGUUCAAGAGCAAGGUGCCCGCAGCCUUGGUUCCUUCUGAGGCCUCCCUCCUUGGUUCGUAGGUGGCCGUCUUCUCCCUGUGUCUUCACACGGUCUUCCCUCUGUGCGUCAUCUGUGUCCAAACCUUCUCUUCCUAUAGGAACAACAGUCAUAUUGAGAAGGGUCCACCCUAGUGACCUCAUUUUACCUUAUUACUUCUUUAAAGACCCCAUCUCCAAAUACAGUCACAUUCAGAGGGACUGAGGUUGAGAGCUUCAACAUAUGAAUUGGAGGGGACACAGUUCAGCCCGUAACACUCUCUUUGGGGACCACCUUUUUUUUCCCCCACUAAAGAGAGAGAAUGUCUCACUUCAUGAGCAUGACUGAGAACAGGAAACUGAGGAGAGAAGGACACGGCUGGCCAAGGAACAGGGGCGGCGUGAGCCAGCAGUGCUUCUCAAACUUUGGUGUGCCCGCGAGUCUUGGAGGGAGCUUGUCAAAAUGCAGAUUCUGAUCCGGUAGAUACAGGCAGGCACCUGAGAUCCUGCGAUACUGACAAGCUCCUAGGGUAUGCCCAUGCUGCUGGUCCACGGACCACACUUAGAGUAGCAAGGAGGUUGAUACUCAACUGCUGAAUGACUUCCAAACUCUUGACAUGGGAAAAUUAUGACUUACAUUGUGAACCUUUGGGGUCCCUUUCAGAAAGAUAAAAUUUCUAACGUUAAACCUGUGGAUGCCAGAUUCUGCUCUCCCUGAUUUUGACAAGAGAUAGGCUCAGCAGCGUUAACUCACCUGUUUAGUGGAACUGGUUAUUCUUGAGCAAUCCUGAUUGUCAAAGCAUCCUCCUGCUGGGCUCUUUACUGACAGCCUUAACGAGUCAUUUGACUGGACUUUCCAAACAUGUGAGUGCCGCACACACAGACCCAGCCACCACAGUCACAGAAGGAUUCUGCGGAGUAGGAAGGAAGCCAGGGUAGCCACCAAGCACAAUUAGGUGGUCACAGAUCACUGGGGACAUGCCUCCUGACCACAGCUGAUGACCUGCCGAAGCAGCUUAAGAUUUAGAGCCCUUGAGAGGAUAUGAGUGUGCUAACAAGUCUCUGUCCCUCCGUUCACUUAAAAUGUAUGGGCCUGUCCUCCAGUGCUGGGGCCCGGCUCUCGUUAGACUGAGCGCGAGUUAUUCUCAGGCAGCCCCAGGAGACAGAUUGAGCCCCCAAAGGCCAAAGCACCUUUUAGAUUCCACCACCCUUGUUGGCUCAUGUAAACCAUCACUUCUCUCAUAGAGGCACUUAAAGUCCUGCGUUAUACACACAGCUGCCAACACGGCUCUUACAGAGGCUCCUGGAGAGGAGCAGCCGCGGACAGGGUCUUAAUGAGUUGAUGGGGUUCCUAACCCCCAGUCCGAAUGCCCGAUGACCAACAGAAGGGGCCACCUUCACGCCAUCAAGGAGCAGAGUUCAGCAGGAAGUCAGGAGCACACGGAGAAGCCGCACAGCACAGCCCUAACGAGGACGGGCUCUGAGGCCCGGCUCUUUUAGCUUGGUGUUGAAAUAUGUUCAAUGACUAAUAAUAGCCAAGACACUUCCAUCCUUCAUAUGAAGUAAAUGGAGCUUUCUUGAGUUAGAGAGCUAUAAUUUAAACCCCAUGUCUCUCAAAGUGAUAACAUUUUUUGUUAAAUUGGUGUCAUUUGUGCUGCUUCUACAGUUUUCUCCUUCCUUCUU